UGCCGCCGCAGUAAGCUAUAUAUAUUUUCUCGGUAUCUCUUUUGGCGCGUUCUGAAGUCCGAUCCAAAAAGUGAACUUCGAAAUGAAUUUCUCCAUGUACAUCAGCACACUGUGUUUGGUUGCUGCGGCUCUUGUGUACGAAGAUGCGAGUGCGAUCAACAUAGAAGAAUACGCUAGUUCUAGUGACUGCAGCAGCGGUGGGGCCCCGUUAAAGGGGAGCUUCAGCUUGAACCCGACCGGUCCAAACAGCGUCUGGGUGUCAAUCGACGCUCACGUCGACGAGGAACUGGAUUCACCCCUGAAAGCCGUUGUUAAGAUUCAGAGAAAGGUGUUUUGGUGGUGGAUCACAAUGCCCUGUGUGAGCGACUAUGGAAGCUGUACCUACCAAGACAUGUGCCAGUUCCUGCCUCCCGCCUACAACGGCCCGCCCGGCUCGUGCCCGGCACCGCUCCAAGACCUUCCAUCGUGUCAAUGCCCGCUACGAACCGGCACGUACAGUGUAAAGAGCGAUAUCGACAUCCCUUCCAUUAAGAUUCCCUCCUGGCUCAUCAGCGGCAACUACUGGGCGCAAAUCAAGCUGUACAAAAACUCCCGUGAGGUCGGCUGUAAUGAAAUAUACUUCAGCGUAUAAAACAAAUCGGUCCAACAUGAUUACAGGCUAACUAGUAGACCUGUGAUAAAGAUCUUUUAGCAUCAGUUCACCGAUCGAUUAGUAAGUAUAGUCUGUCACGAGCCAAUGUGGUCCAUCAGGCCGGCGUUUAUCUCCGGUUUCA